CGCUCUAGAACUUAUGCAAACCGGGUAUCCUAGGUUUUGGAUGACCAAAAGUAUUCGGACGCUCACCUUGCACGCCCAAACACUUCAUGCAGCUCCUUCGGAACGCGCCCUCCUUCUUACCUCUGCCCUGGCAGCGCAAGCUUGUACCUCAUUCUUUAUCGCUCGCGGUGCUUCCCCAUCAUGCCUUCGCUCGCUCACUCCUGUCUUUGCCUCUGCGAACUCUCUCGCGGAAGCCCAUGCGUUCUUUUUCCCAAUCGAGUACUGGCGUGUAGCGAAGGUGUUCUGGAUGCAUACUGGGUUGGGGAUCUCAUCGAGGUUGGCAGCACAUUAUCUCGAGUUGCUCGGAAUCGCGGAUGUAGAAGGAGCCGGAAUAGAUGAGUCUUUCGACGGUCUUGACGGUGGUAAGCAGAGGCUCGGAAAUGGAAACGCCAUCAUUCCACAGAGCCUCGAGGCAAAACUGGGGAUGCGCAAACAGAUCGGGGAGCUCGUUUCUGUGGAUAUUGAAGAUGUCUUUUUAUAUCCUACGGGGAUGGCCGCAAUCUGGUCUGCUCAUCAGCUUCUGAUGCAUGCAUUUGGAGACUCAAAGAAGAGUGUAUGUUUUGGGUUUCCUUACGUUGAUACUCUCAAAGUCCUCGAGAAAUGGGGUCCAGGAUGCCACUUCUUCCCCGAUGGACAAGACAUUUUUCUAGACGACCUCGAAAAACUCCUCAUCUCUCUUUCCUCCUCAACCGACACACCACCAAUUCUUGCCCUCUUCACGGAAAUCCCAUCCAACCCGCUCCUAGUAUCCGUCAAUCUGCCACGCCUGCGUCAACUGGCGGAUAGAUUCGGGUUCCCCAUAGUCGUAGACGACACCAUCGGGAACUUCGUGAAUGUAGAUGCGUUGAAGUACGUGGACAUCGUUGUCACCAGCCUGACCAAAUCGUUCAGCGGGAGAGCGAACGUGCUUGGUGGCAGCUUGAUCUUGAACCCAAAGGGCCCGUUCUACGCACAUCUCCAUGCACACCUCACGCAAAGCUUCACAGACACAUACUUCCCCCUCGAUGCCCUGGUCAUGGCUCAGAACUCGGCCGAUUUCGUCCGCCGUACCUCCAUUCUUGAUAGCAACGCGGAAUGGGUAUGCGACAAGUUGCGCGAGGUCAUGAAGCAGGAUGGAAGCGUGAUCGCAGAUGUCUACUACCCAAAAUACAAGACGCGAGCCAACUACGACGCCGUCCGACGUCCCAAGGGCGGGUACGGUCCGCUCAUAACGGUCCUCUUUUCAUCCAUCCUUACAGCCUCCGCUUUUCACGACGCUCUCCCGUUCUCGAAAGGACCUUCUUUCGGUACGAAUUUCACGCUUGCAAGCCCUUAUACGAUUAUAGCGUAUUAUGGAGAGUUAGAAUGGGCGGGGAAGUAUGGGGCCUUGGAGGAGAUGGUCAGAGUCAGUGUUGGGAUGGAAGAGAAAGACGAGAUAUGGCAAGGGUUUUCCAGGGCGAUUGAGGCAGCCGAGAAAGCAAGUAGAGAGGUGAUAGAUGGUGAGGACGGAGGCAAAGGGAUAAUGGGAGUUGAGAGUGGUGAUCUGGCGGUGUCAGGGAAGGAGAUCAGGGUGGAUACGGUGAACGAUCCGGAUCAUAUACUUUACUGGGAGUAGAGGAUGAGACGAACCAUUCGAAAGAGUUUCUCUGGGCGGAUGAAACGGAGAGACCAAUGGAACACACCUCUUCUGGGAGACGACACAGUGGCGUGGCGACAUGUAUUUGCGCUACC